ACUAAGAAAAACUCCUGGAUGCGCGCUGUUCUUGUCGUGAACGGAAUUUUUCUCUUUGGCAUUCUGUUAGAAACCGUCUAUAUUUUGCUACGAGCCUGGAAAGAGGAUAGUUUCAUGAAAAAUUCCAAGUUUCUAGAGGCUCACCUGAAUCCCUUGGAAGAGGAAAGUAAAGAAAAUGAAACGAACAUCCCAAAUCUGCCAAGCAAGCCUCAACAACUCCGAAAACCACCGCUUCAGGAAUUCAUAGACAAUACAAAGAAAAAAAUUAGAGAUAAGACAAAGCGACCUCCCCAACUCCGGUCGCCUUUUUCAAGUACUCCCGGCGAAGGACGCCCAGCUAAACAUUUGACUCUGGAUCAGAUUUACACAAACCUUGUCGUUGUUCCAGACAUGGCUAAUUAUGACUUUACUGGAGACAGACGGCAGAAACUCGAAGUCUACACCAGAUCGGGUGGGGAAAACACAACACCUAGAGGGCCGGAGGACAUUCUUAACCACGAAAACAAAAACGUUUUGAUUGUUGGUCGUCCCGGAAUCGGAAAGACACUUUGCUGUACCAAACUCCUCAGAGACUGGGCAUUUAACAAAGUAUUCCAUGAAUCAUCUGAUGUUAAAAUCCAUUUUGAUGCUACUUUCUUCAUCAAAUUCAGAGCAUUCAACGCGGCAAACGACCUUAGCCUCCGGGAACUGCUCACAUCGUCAGAACAUUCCCCCUCAGAUCACAUAGAUGAUGAAGUCUGGAAUUACAUCCUUGAGAACCCCCAAAGAGUUCUCAUUAUUUUCGAUGGAAUCGAUGAAUUUAAACCUAAUUCAAAGAUAGGGGAGGAAAAUUUCGAGCCUCAAUUCAAAAACCGCGUAGACGAGAAGAUGCCCUUGUAUGCUCUAUACGAGAAGCUUGCGACUGGGAAACUACUCAACGGAGCUGCCGUUUUGACAACCACAAGACCUACAGCUUUGUCAUGCAUCGAGCGUGUUGAUUUCGACAAAGUCUUCGAGAUCCUCGGCUUCUCAUCCGAACAAGUCGAAGAGUACGUAACCAAAUUUGCUGAGGAGGACAAGCAUGCGGGCAAAACAAUAUGGCGACACAUCGGCGGCAACAGGAACAUUCUCUCUCUAUGCUACAUUCCUGCGAGUUGCUUCAUCAUUUGCUCAACUCUCUUUCAAAUGGCGAAGUUCUACGGUUCUAAAAGUCUAAGUCUACCAACGAAAUUAACAGAUAUUUACAAGAAAGCAGUGAAAAUAUUUUACUUAAGACACAACGAAGAAUUCCGCGGCAAGAAUUUCACUCGCGAAGAUUUUGAAUCAGAUAAUUUGCCCCCUAACGUGGAAAAGAAAUUCGAGAAACUUGAAAAAAUGGCAUUUGAAGGAAUUAAAGAAGGAAGGCUGGUCUUCGGGGGAAACGAAGUACGCGGAUUGGAAGGCAGCGCUCUUUUUCACCGCUUACCCGACCGUGAAACUACCCCGCUAAAACGUGAACAACAAUUCUGUUUCAUUCAUUUAACAAUGCAAGAGUUUUUCGCUGCGAGGCACCUAGCAAACAUGGAUGAAACAGAACUGAGGAACUUUGUUUCUACGAACAUCGCGGACGGCAAAUGGCAGCUGGUUUUUCAGUUUCUAGCAGGACUAAUGAACGAGAAAGAAAACCUACCGAGCGAAAUCAUCACAGACCUUCUUCCUGUGGAAACUGAAGAGAAAGAAAGCAAGUGGUACAACGAAGAGUGGACAGAGGAUAUGGAGCCAAGGAAAGUAACUUGUUGGCCGACUAAAGACAAAAAACAUUUAGCAGUGACAUUAUUUAAAUGCAUUAACGAAAGUAGUGAGAUGGAGGAAAUAGUUCAGAGAAAACUACAACAAAUUAACUUUAAUUUUGUAAAUUUUAAUCGUUGUCAACUCACACCUGUUGAUUGUGCUUCAGUAGUUACUGUAAUUAAGAAUGUUCAACAAAUUUCACAUUUAGAUUUGGCCCACAAUAACUUUGGUCCAUUAGGUUGUUUUGAAAUUUGUAAGUUGUUAAAAUGUAGUAAAUCUCAACUGAGCUGGUUAAACCUCGGAGGAAAUCAAUUGACAGAAGAAGCAGCAAAGUAUUUAGCUGAAGCCAUCAACAACAACAACUGUCAGCUACGCACGUUAGACCUCUCAACAAAUAACAUCUCAGACAUUGGAGCACAGCACUUGGCUGAAGCCAUCAACAACAACAACUGUAAGCUACGCACGUUAAACCUCACAACAAAUAACAUCUCAGACAUUGGAGCACAGCACUUGGCUGAAGCCAUCAACAACAACAACUGUCAGCUACGCACGUUAGACCUCUCAGCAAAUAACAUCACAGAAGCAGGUAAACAACACGCAAGGAAUUUACUUAGCAAUAGUCAGUCUAACUGUCGCCUUACCAUGAUGGAAUGA